UGCAAUUUGCUACCAUGCCCGCUGUUGUGGACUGCACCGUGUCCCGCCCGUCGCUCCAGGACGACGACGCCUUCGAGACGGACCGCCACUCGUACAUGUCGAUGGACUCGCCGGCCGUGCAGAAGAGCCUCCUCGGCCUCUUCAACAAGCGCGGCUACAACAUCCAGGCGUCGCCACGCACCAAUAUGUACUCGCCGGCGACGGGCGAGACCAACAACAACAGCUUUGGCUCGACCGCGUCGUGGAGCUCCAACUCCAACUCGGUGCUGAGCUUCCGCGAGCCCGUGCACGGCCAGGCGCCGAUCCACAUUGCGAUCCGCCGCGGCGACAUCCGAGUGCUCGAGGCGCUCGUGCGCUCGGACGAGACGCUCGAGCUCGAAGACGACCAUGGCAACACGCCGCUGCACUUUGCGGUCGGGACCUCUCGGCGCAUCUCGUCGUCGGUCGCCUACCACAUGGUCUCGCUCCUCGUGGCCGCCGGCGCCAAUGUCCACGCGCGCAACAACAAGGGCUUCACGCCGAUCGUCGUGCAUCUCAUGACGCUCCGGAAGGACGACCCGACGAUCCUCAAGAUGCUUUUGCACGAAGGCGCCGACGUCGAGUCGGAGAUCGAAGGCGAGUCCCUCUUGCACGUGGCCGUGGCGCAGCAGAUGCCGACGGUCGCAAGCGUCCUCGUCGCGUACGGCGCCAACAUCAACACCACCAACAACGUCGGGCUUCCGCUGUCCAAAGUCGCGUCCAGCAGCGCGCUCACGAGCAUUCUCGCGCACCUCACGCACGCCCAGCCGUACGUGCCCAUCCAGCGCCAGCACCAGUGCAUGGACUGCGGCCGCCACCUCACGCAGCGAGCCAAGUGCUGGCGCUGGCUCCGCUUCCUCUUCAAGAACGAAGCCCAAAACUGCUACCACUGUGGCUGGCUCUUUUGCUCCAAGUGCACGGGCCCAGCGCCCGUCCGUGACGCCCUCCCGGCAUCGUUCGCCCGCCACGACGACAACGAGAGCGGCGAUUACCGCAAUAAGAACGUGGUCUGCUGCCGCAUCUGCGCCAACCUCCUCAAGGAGCGGUUGGGGAAGCGCCACCAGCUCUGA